CCGGCGACCUGCGCAGAGCGGCCGCGGCCCAGGUCCCCGCCAUCCCCGCCGGCGGCGCCCCAGCCUUUCAGCAUUCGGUGGCGAGCGGGGCUGUGGCCUCCAGGUGGGCUCUGAGAGGAUGAAGCAGGCCCUGGUGGACGACACGGAGGAUGUGUCCCUGGACUUUGGCAACGAAGAGGAGCUGGCCUUUCGGAAAGCCAAGAUCAGGCACCCCUUGGCCACCUUCUUCCACCUGUUCUUCCGAGUGAGCGCCAUCGUCACCUACAUGUGCUGCGACUGGUUCAGCAGGAGCUUCGUGGGCUGCUUCGUCACGGUGCUGCUGCUGCUGUCCUUCGACUUCUGGUCGGUGAAGAAUGUAACUGGGAGGCUCCUGGUGGGUCUUCGCUGGUGGAACCAGAUAGACGAAGAUGGGAAAAGCCACUGGGUUUUUGAAGCCAGAAAGGUGUCUCCAAGUAACGCGGCUGCCACAGAAGCGGAAGCGCGAAUCUUCUGGCUCGGACUUAUCAUCUGCCCCAUGAUUUGGGUCGUGUUCCUUUUCAGCACCUUAUUUUCCCUGAAGCUGAAGUGGCUGGCCCUCGUGAUAGCUGGGAUUUCUCUCCAAGCCGCAAACCUCUAUGGCUACAUCCUCUGUAAGCUGGGCGGCGAGAGUGACAUCAGCAGGGUCACUGCCAGCUUUCUGUCCCAGACGGUGUUCCAGACGGCCUGCCCACGUGACUUCCAGAAGCCGGGCCUUGAGGGGCUGGAGAUUCACCAGCAUUAGACUCAUCUCUGGAAGUGGCUUCAGUGAGAGGUUCUGUUAUCGGACAAGUUUCCACCAGAGAAGAAUUCCCCAACCCACCAGCUGAAGGCUUCUCAGGGGAAGCAGGCCUCGGGGGAGUUGAGGAAACAUUUUUAUUUAUUUUUUAAAAGAUUUAUUUAUGCACACGGAACUGGGGUACAGGCCAGAGGUGCA